AUGGCUACCAAGACAGUACUAAACUCCUCACUCCUCUCGUCACUAACUUUCAUUAUUUUAGCAAUACCAAUCCAUGCAUUCUUGAUCAAGGAAGCAAGCAUAUGUGAUCUCCAGCUUGCUUUUAAGCAGAACCAACUCACGUCAAGGAAACUGGUUGAGUUCUACAUUGGAGAAAUCAAUAGACUGAACUCAUUCCUAAAAGGGGUCAUAGAAAGAAAUCAUGAUGCACUUCGCCAAGCUGAUAAGGCUGAUGACGAGCUCAGUGUUAAGGCACCAGUCGUGCGUCGUGACGCAGGUAUUGUUGUGAAGUUGAGGGAAGCUGGAGCUAUAAUUCUUGAAAAGAACCCUUGUGUUCUAUCAGCAGACCCUUGUGGAUCAAGUAGUGGGUCAGCAAUAUCAGUGGCAGCAAAUUUGGUAGCAGUGUCUCUAGAAACUGAGACUGAUGGCUCCAUCUUAUGUCCAUUUAAUGCUAACUCAGUGGUCGGCAUAAGACCAACAGUUGGUCUCAUCAUCGGAGCUGGUGUUAUCCCGAUUUCUCUUAGACAGGACACUGCUGGGUUAGUGAUCUUCUGUUAUCCAUAUCAGCUUAUGAGAUUUGAAAGACCUAUUAAAGAUCGAAGCAGGAAUAUUUCCCCAAUCAUAAGUAGAAAACGGCUACCAAAAAGAAAAUGA